GCACAUCGAUGCCCCAAGAUGAACGGCGGGGCGAUCGCGACGGCCACGCACCAGGCGCCUGGCGAGAGUUUCCCUUUGGGCGGCUGCAGCGGCGCCCACCCGGGCUCCUCGUUGGCUCUCCGGCUGCAGGCGGGACCCUCUCCGUCGGGGCAGCCUCCGCAGUGGGGCGCUGCUAAAGGCGGCCCCGGCCCGGCCGCGCAGUCCUCGUCGCGCUGCAAGAGCGCCAAGCGGCGCUCCAGUUCGCCGGAGCUGCUGCGCUGCAAGCGGCGCUUGGCGUUCCCGGGCCUGGCCGGCCAGGCGGGCGUCGGCGGGGCCGCGGCGGUGGCGCGGCGCAACGAACGCGAGAGGAACCGCGUCAAGCUGGUCAACCUGGGCUUCCAGACGCUGCGCCAGCACGUGCCCAACGGCGCCGCCGCCAAGAAGAUGAGCAAGGUGGAGACGCUGCGCUCGGCCGUCGAGUACAUCCGGGCUCUGCAGCAGCUCCUCGACGAGCACGACGCCGUCAGCGCCGCCUUCCAGGACAGGCUCCUGCAGCCCGGCCGCAUCGCCGCCGCCGCCGCCUGCGCGGGCGGAGGAGGCUGCAGCGGCAGCUCGUAUUCCUCCGCCUCGCCCUCCUUCGACGGCCGCGACGGCAGCUCGGUGCCCGGCUCGCCGCGCUCGGCGUACUCCUCGGACGAGAGCGGCUACGAGGGGGCGCUCAGCCCCGAGGAGCAGGAGCUGCUUGACUUCACCAGCUGGUUCGGCAGCUACUGACCCCCAGCCGCCACCGCCGACUCCGUCGAGGGAGCUCGCUCUCCGCAACACUGAAAGGAGCGCUGUGUAGAACUUCAGUACCUCAUUGUCCCAGGCACCCGUUAAGAUGCAGCAGAAGAGCAACAAGGACCCUUAAUUUAACAUGCUUCCUACUUCCCGUGAGCCUCAUUGCAAAGGAUAUCGAACGCUCAGAUCCUUGUGACAUCUGACAUUGUUCUUUCAUGAAACAAAAGACUAGUGGCUUGUGAUCUUUCUUUCUUUCUUUUUAGAAAAGUGCAAUUAUGUAAAUAGGUAAUAGGGGCCAAAGAUUAUACCUGCUGUUGUACAGUAGUAUAUGGUGCCCCCUCUUGAGUUCUUGAAUUACCAAUGAAAAAGCUUAUUUCUGAUUCCAGUGGCAGAUGGAGAUUACUGGGCUUCCACACUUAAUACGUGCAUACUUUUUAUAUGGGAAGGGGUGAAAUAAUUAAAACUUGAUGCUUCCUUUUUUCUGAAUGGGAAGGGGACUAUUGCCAUGUCAGAAAUUAACUUUAUACGUGUAACUUGAACUGCCUGUGUGAACACUGUUGAUAUGAAGACUUAUUUUUGUACAAAAAAUCUCUAGAAAUUGCAAUUGGAGAGGAAAUAUUUGUAGAAGUCUGUUGCACCCUUGACUUCUUAACACUGCCAGCUAGGACGUUUUGAGACCUUACACAACUUAGAUAAAGUUUCCUAACAUUUUAUACUAAAGGAGUGUAAAACUGUUUGUGUUGAAUAUGAUGUCCCAAGACUUUGUUUGUAUUUUGUUUUUGGGUCUGGUGUGAAGGUUCAAUUCUCUGGAGAAAAACAACAACCCUGAAGUUUUAUUUUUAAUGUAUUGAAGGUAUUUUUGUAUGCACUUGUUAGGAUUUGUUGAGAUGUAUAUAUGCAGUUUUUAAAGAGUAUCCUAUUUUAUGUAAAUCAACUUUAUAAAUAAAAUCUAUUUAUAAAUA